AUGCCCCCACCACCGCCUCCUCCGCCGCCUCCACCCCCAGGUAUGGGAAGGGGAGCUGGUAGAGGUAUGCCGCCGCCGCCUGGCAAGGCACCUGGUGCCAAAGCACCUGCUUCAGGUGCAGGACGAGGCGCACUCCUCGGCGACAUUACAAAGGGCGCACGAUUGAAGAAAGUUACAGUGGUUAACGAUCGAUCCGCGCCUAUCGUUGGCAAAGUGAGCGACGGGCCCGCUCCAGUCGCCAUGGGCGCACCUGCAAUUCCGACAAUGGGCAAGGCACCGGCAGUCCCAGGUCUUGCGCCGCCAGGGAACCGAGCAAGAAGCAACAGUGAUACUGGAGACGCGCCUGCUGCGCCCCCGCAGCUGGGGGGACUGUUCGCAGGAGGAAUGCCGAAGCUAAGAAAGUCAGGCGGUGUCAAGACCGGCGCAGAAGCUCCGUCCUAUGCUUCAGAUCCUGAGUCGAAUAGAGGCUCGGGAGCACCCAAACCACCUUCAUCAUUACCUCCCGCACCACCAGCUAUGAACACCAGACCGCAACUCAACGCUCUUCGGGGCCAAGACUCAAGACCCAACUCGGUAGCCUCAAGUAUAAGCGGCAAGCCCAAACCUCCGUUACCUCUAGGGAAAAAACCACCUAUCCCCCCUCCCUCAUCUCGCAAACCGUCCAAUCUUGCCGCUCGAGCAUCUCCGGCUCCCCCUUCGCUUCCUCCGGCACCACCACCAUUGCCACCAACUUCAACAUCCCCUAGACCAACUGCUGUUCCUCCACCACCGCCAUUACCGCCUUCGAGAUCAACCCCUCCACCUCCUCCUCCGCCGUCCGUGCCUCCCCCAGCGAGCGCACAGGACGAUGACGACGAAUACGACCCGUACAAAUACGAUAGUCGCGCGCCAUCCGCCCCGCCCGCCCCGCCACCACCACCGCCGCCUCCAUCGAACGGACACACGCCCUCUCUAGCUGAAACCGCCGCGCGCAAUGCGUACAGUCGCACAUCGCCUGCUGCGCCACCGCCUCCUCCACCUCAAGCAGCGCCGCCCAGUGCACCCGCGCCUUCUCCCCCACCCAGUGCCCCAAUGAGUCGGCCUGCGUCUCAAACACCCCUGCGAUCGAUGAUGGAUCCGAGCUCGUACACCUUGACAAACGGCGGAUCAAGCAUAAAGAGUCCGACGAGCUCUCAUUCCGGCGGAAGUGGAAGGGAGAAGGGUAGGGUCAGGCCAAUUCACGAUUUGAGGUGGAGAUUCCAAGACGAAUCACAGUUUCCGCGACCAAGAGAAUUCACUGGCGGACAAAAAAGAUACCGCGCUGGACGAGGCAGCAGUGUGCCAUUGGAUUUGAGCGCGUUCGAAUGA